ACUGAAUAUUUCUCUCAAAAAAUAUUGAACAAUCAUCACUUCCAACAUGGAGAUCCAAAUACCAAUAUCAUUUCCAACAUGCCUUUUCUUUUCAUUCAUUUUCUUGUUAAUGGAAAUUUAUGUAAUAAUAAGCAACUCAUCAUCUUCAAAACUCCCUCCAGGACCAUGGAAACUUCCCAUUGUGGGAAACAUUCACCAACUCAUGAUUGGGUCUUCAUUAUUACUCCAUCAAACACUCAGAGAUUUAGCCAAGAAACAUGGACCAUUGAUGUACUUAAAAUUUGGGAAUGUUCCAACCAUAGUAAUCUCAUCAACAGAAUAUGCCAAACAAGUGAUGAGAGUUCAUGAUGUUAAUUUUUCAUCAAGGCCCUCAAUUCUUUUUUCGAAAGUCAUGUUAUAUGAUGGAGCUGGUCUUGCUUUUGCUCCAUACAAUGAGCAUUGGAGGCAGUUGCGGAGGAUUUUCAUGCAGGAGCUUUUGAGUACAACAAGAAUUCAGUGUUUCAAAUCCAUUAGAGAAGAAGAAAUGUCCAACUUCAUAGAAUCAAUUUCAUCAAAUGUUGGUGAUGUUAUAAAUAUCAGUGAGAGACUCAACAUGUUGAUGUAUAACAUUAUUUCACGUGCAGCAUGUGGUAGGACAAGGAUUCGCAACAAAGAAUUCUUAUCAGUAUUGACAGAAGUGACUGAGGUAUCAUUAGGGUUUGAACUUGCUGACUUGUUUCCUUCUUUGAAGUUAUUUUAUCAGAUGAGUCGUUCUAGGCCUAAACUCGAGAGGCUUAGAGAAAGGGCAGCAACAAUAUUUGAAGAGAUCAUUCAUGAGCAUAAGGACCAAAAACCAAAAGAUAGAAGUCAUGAAGAUUUGGUUGAUGUUCUUCUUAAGUUUCAUAACAAUGAUGAUCACCUUGGAUUUUCUUUGACAACGAAAAUAUUUAUGCAAUAAUCUUUGAAAUAUUUGCUGCUGGGAUUGAGACAACAGCAACAUCUACAGAAUGGGCUAUGUCAGAACUGAUGAAGAAUCCCAAGAUAAUGAAAAAGGCACAAGAUGAGGUUAGAGAAGUCUUUCACAGAAAUGGAUUGGGAAAUGAGAGAGCACUUGAUGAAAUGAAAUACUUAAAAUCAGUUAUCAAUGAAUCCAUGAGACUACAUCCUUCUUUACCAUUGUUAGUGCCAAGACAAAAUCAAGAAAAGUGUGAGAUUAAUGGUUAUGAGAUACCAGCUAAAACCAACACUAUAAUUAAUGCAUGGGUAAUUGGAAGAGAUCCUAAGUAUUGGCCUGAACCUGAGAUUUUUAAACCAGAAAGGUUCUUAGAUAAUAAUAAUUCUAUUGACUCCAAAUUAGGUAACAAGUUUGAAUUUCUACCAUUUGGUGGUGGAAGGAGAAUUUGUGUUGGUAUGUCUUUUGGUUUUCUCAAUGUUGAGCUUUGUCUUGCAUUGUUGCUAUAUCAUUUUGAUUGGAUGCUUCCUAAUGGAAUGAAACAUGAAGAUUUGGACAUGAGUGAGACUUUUGCUGCAACCCUUCAAAGAAAAAAUGUUCUUCAGGUUAUUCCUAUCGCUUAUGAACUGUCAAAGACCACUGCAAAUAAACUGGAAUGAUGAGCUAAUAAUCUGGUAUUUACUUUUUUAAUGAAAUUAUUUACUUCAUGUGUCUUAGUGUUAUUCAUGAUGUAAUUAAAGAAUAAUAAUUUGCAUUUUAUAAGUAUUAAUUCCUAAUGAUUCUAAAUAA